AUGUCGUCAACGGACAAGGACGGUGACGACCAUGCUCCCAAUAUAACAACGCCAGCCUCCGCUCCGACUGUGCCAAAUUAUUACCAUCCACCUACGCUGCAAGGCAUCUUCGACACUUCCACAGAGCACCAAGGCGAGGCUUGCGAAGACAGAAUGGAGUCCGCCGACGCCACUGUCAGUCACAGCCAGAGCCAAGGAGAGUCGGGCACCACAAGCACAACUUUGACCAACUCUCCAUCGAAUCAUCAGCCAACUACCAAUGUCAGCCAAAUUUCACCCAAUAAUAAUGAGCAUCACUACGUCACAGAAGACGGGCGAGAAGUCGCAGAAGACCCAAUGGACGUCGGGGCGUACGAGAAGCAUCGAAAAUAUAGCGACCCAUCGAUAUCAAGCGAUGAACGCUUCGAACCCAUUAAUGCAAACGACGAAGGUGUGUUGCGAAGGCUAGCGAGCUCCAUGCGCUCCCAAUCAUACUACGCCGAUCGACGAUCAAGUUUGCCCGCCACCGAACCACAGAUUGGCGCGCUGGAGCGGAAAGGCACGCUCGAAGGUCUCGAGUUGACCGACGAAGUCUUUGAUCCACAGUCGCCUAAAUUCGACCUUUACAAGUGGGUUCGCAUGACUCUGCGUCUUUUCGACGAAGAGGGCAUCAAAUUCAAGCGAGCUGGAAUCACCUUCAAGAACGUCAACGUGAGUGGCACAGGAGCAGCGCUCAAUCUUCAAAAGAAUGUCGGCAGCAUGUUCAUGACGCCGCUACGACUGGGCGAGAUGUUGAAUCUGAAGAAGACGCCACGACACAUCCUCCACGACUUCAAUGGCAUCAUGAAGAGCGGCGAGCUACUGAUCGUGCUAGGACGUCCAGGUUCGGGUUGCAGUACUUUCCUGAAAACAAUUACUGGGCAGAUGCAUGGCCUGAAACUCGACGAGCGCUCGACAAUUCACUACAAUGGCAUUCCUCAACACCAGAUGAUCAAAGAAUUCAAGGGAGAAGUCAUCUACAACCAGGAAGUGGACAAGCACUUUCCCCAUCUGACUGUUGGCGAGACCCUCGAACAUGCUGCAGCUCUCAGAACGCCACAGCACCGUCCACUCGAUGUUAAGCGCCACGAGUUUGUCAAGCACGUAACACAGGUCGUCAUGGCCAUUUACGGAUUAUCCCACACUUACAACACGAAAGUCGGAAACGAUUUCGUGCGGGGUGUAUCGGGAGGAGAGCGGAAGCGGGUUUCCAUCGCGGAAAUGGCACUCGCCGGCUCUGCUUUGGCUGCAUGGGACAACUCCACUCGUGGUCUCGAUUCAGCAACCGCAUUGUCAUUUGUGAAGUCACUCAGAUUGACCGCCAAUCUCGAAGGAUCAGCUCAUGCCAUUGCUAUUUACCAAGCGAGUCAAGACAUCUACGAUCUCUUCGACAAGGCAGUUGUUCUCUAUGAGGGCCGUCAGAUCUUCUUCGGCAAGGCCGGCAAGGCCAAGGAGUACUUUGAGCGCAUGGGCUGGUUCUGUCCACAGCGACAGACCACCGGCGACUUCCUUACCUCGAUCACGAACCCUGCCGAAAGACAGACGAAGGAGGGCUACGAACAGAACGUUCCACGAACACCCGAGGAGUUUGAGAAGUACUGGAAGGAUAGCCCCGAGUACGCCGAGCUUCAGAAGGAGAUGGCGGAGUACGAGCAGCAAUACCCAGUUGGGAGCGGCAGCGAGUUGCAAGCUUUCCGCGAUUACAAGCGCGAUACACAGGCCAAGCACACCCGACCGAAGUCGCCAUACGUCGUCAGUGUUCCGAUGCAGAUCAAGCUCAAUAUGAAGCGCGCGUGGCAACGAAUCUGGAACGACAAGGCAUCGACUUUUACUCCCAUCAUCUCGAACAUCAUCAUGGCCCUCAUCAUCGGUUCCGUAUUCUACCAGACUCCAGAUGCGACAGGCGGAUUUACCGCCAAAGGCGCAACCCUGUUCUUCGCCAUCUUGCUCAAUGCUCUUGCUGCUAUCUCUGAGAUCAAUAGCUUGUACGACCAACGACCGAUCGUGGAGAAACAUAAGUCUUACGCCUUCUAUCAUCCGUCUACCGAAGCAAUUGCUGGAAUUGUUCUCGACGUACCGCUCAAGUUUGCAAUGGCAGUCGCCUUCAACAUCACGCUAUACUUCUUGACUGGUCUCCGUGUAGAAGCUGGAAAUUUCUUCUUGUUCUUCCUGAUCAAUUUCACGGCCAUGUUCGUUAUGACUGCCAUCUUCAGAACGAUGGCCGCCAUUACCAAGACCAUUUCCCAAGCCAUGGCCCUCUCUGGUGUUCUUGUUCUCGCAAUCGUCAUCUACACCGGUUUCGUGAUACCCGUCAAGUACAUGAAAGAUUGGUUUGGCUGGAUCCGGUGGCUCAAUCCCAUCUUUUACGCUUUCGAGAUACUGAUCGCGAACGAGUUUCACGGAAGACGGUUCGACUGUUCCGAGUUUGUGCCAGCUUACACCGAUCUCACUGGACCUACCUUCAUCUGCAACACACGUGGCGCCGUUGCUGGAGAGCUGACUGUUAGCGGAGAUGCCUUCAUUUCUGCUAGCUACGGCUACACAUACGAUCAUGUCUGGCGUAACUUCGGAAUCUUGCUAGCCUUCCUUUUCGCCUUCAUGGCUAUCUACUUCGUCGCAGUCGAGCUCAACUCUGAGACCACAUCUACUGCUGAGGUCCUGGUAUUCAGGCGCGGCAAUGUGCCCAAAUAUAUGACGGACAUGGCCAAAGGCAAGGCAGACGAUGAAGAGAGUGGUGCUCCGGAGGCUGUCGCAGAGACGGAGAAGAAGGACGACGAGCGAGCAGACGUCAAUGUCAUUCCUGCUCAAACCGACAUCUUCACCUGGCGCAAUGUCAGCUACGACAUCGAAAUCAAGGGCGAACCACGAAGACUGCUUGAUGAGGUAUCUGGAUUUGUAAAGCCUGGUACCUUGACUGCGUUGAUGGGAACGUCCGGGGCAGGAAAGACAACCCUUCUCGAUGUAUUGGCACAGCGUACCACUAUGGGUGUCGUCACGGGUUCUAUGUUCGUCAACGGCGCUCCACUCGAUUCCAGCUUCCAGCGCAAGACCGGCUAUGUUCAACAGCAAGAUUUACAUUUGGAAACUGCUACCGUGCGCGAAUCAUUGAGGUUUUCCGCGAUGCUUCGACAGCCGAAGAGCGUCAGCAAAGCCGAGAAAUACGCGUAUGUCGAGGAUGUCAUUAAGAUGCUCAACAUGGAAGACUUUGCGGAAGCAGUCGUCGGUGUGCCUGGCGAGGGUCUUAAUGUCGAACAACGCAAGCUCCUCACGAUCGGCGUUGAGCUUGCGGCAAAGCCCAAGUUGCUCCUCUUCCUGGACGAACCUACUUCUGGCUUGGACUCACAAAGUUCUUGGUCUAUCUGUGCUUUCCUUCGUAAGCUGGCAGACAACGGACAGGCUGUUCUUUGCACGAUCCAUCAACCUUCUGCGAUCCUGUUCCAAGAAUUUGACCGACUAUUGUUCCUCCGCAAGGGUGGAAAGACGGUCUACUUCGGCAACAUUGGAGAGAACUCGCAUACCCUCUUGGACUACUUUGAGCGUAACGGAGCUCGCCAAUGUGGCGCCGAGGAGAACCCAGCCGAAUACAUGCUUGAGGUUGUAGGGGAUCAGUCCACAGACUGGUACCAGAUCUGGAAAGACAGCCCCGAAGCCGACUCUAUCCAGAAGGAAAUCGAACAGCUCCACCAUGACAAGAAGGACGCACAGGAGAAAGAUGAAGACGCGCACGCCCACGACGAGUUCGCAAUGCCCUUCACGGCCCAGGUUGCGGAGGUCACCUACCGUGUCUUCCAGCAGUACUGGAGAAUGCCAUCAUACAUCCUUGCCAAGAUGGUCUUGUCUGGUGCCUCUGGCCUCUUUAUCGGGUUCUCCUUUUACCAGGCGAAUACCACGUUGCAAGGAAUGCAGAACAUUGUUUACGCACUCUUCAUGGUCACCACGGUCUUCUCUACGAUCGUGCAGCAAAUCAUGCCGCUGUUCGUCACCCAACGAUCACUCUACGAGGUCCGUGAGCGUCCAAGCAAAGCCUAUAGCUGGGUUGCCUUCCUCAUCGCUCAGAUUGUUGUGGAGAUCCCGUAUCAGAUCAUUGCCGGUCUUAUCGUUUACGCCUCCUUCUACUACCCAGUCGUUGGCGCCGGCCAGAGCGCUGAGCGCCAAGGUCUUGUCCUUCUGCUAUGCGUGGUCUUCUUGAUCUAUGCAUCGACCUUCGCACACAUGUGUAUUGCAGCUCUACCAGAUGCUCAGACCGCCGGUGCCGUCGAGACCUUCCUCUUCGCCAUGUCACUCAUCUUCAACGGUGUCAUGCAGGCUCCUCAGGCUCUCCCUGGUUUCUGGAUCUUCAUGUAUCGUGUCUCUCCUAUGACCUACUGGGUUUCAGGCAUGGCAUCGACUAUGCUGCACGACCGGCAAGUGGCUUGCUCACAGGAUGAGAUCAACCAAUUUCAGCCUCCUUCUGGCCAGACGUGCGGCGCGUACAUGGCACCAUAUCUGCAGCAGGCACCUGGAUACCUCCUCAAUCCCGAUGCUUCUAGCGAUUGCCAGUACUGCUCAAUUAGCGUGGCAGAUACUUUCCUCGCUGGUCCAAAGAUAUAUUGGUCUGAUCGCUGGAGGAACUUCGGUCUCAUGUGGGCCUACGUCGCCUUCAACAUUGGUGCCGUUGUCGUCCUGUAUUACUUCUUCCGCGUGAGGACUGGCAGUGUGUUUGGCUUCUUGAAGAAGAGCAAGAAGGGAAAGAAGAGCACUCCAAUACAACCGAGCGAGACUGCUGAAGCCGAGCACAACAACAUGGAGGUUCAGCAGAACGAAAAUUUCGAGCACGAACAACAGCCAAGACGCAAGAGCCUUGUGCGUGCGCCAACUUGGACUGGCGUCGCUUCGACCGCACAGAACUACGCGCACGAUUACAUGACCUACAACCUGGGCAGAGUCCACACGAAUAGGAGGAAUGCCCAGAUCAUUUAG